UUUUCGCGAUUUUCUCGAAAACGGCUCCAACGAUUUUGAUCAAUUUUAUACCUAAAAUAGUCAUUGAUAAGCUCUAUCAACUGCCACAAGUCUUAUAUCUGUAAAAAUUCCAGGAGCUCCGCCUCAUCUUUGAAAGUUUGAUUUUAGAUUCCCAAUUAUCAGGCUUCAGAUACAAUUUAAACAAAAAAAUUCAAGAGGAAAAGAUUGAGCAUGAAAAUCUCUACAAUUAAUGUUCAGUAACAUUUUCACCUAAAAUUGAAAAAAAACUCGAAAUUCGAGAAAAUGUGAUUAUUUCAAUUGCAAACUGUUGGCAACUGAAGAUUCUAUUAAAUCAUUCACUAUGAAGAGAUAGCAGACAUCGUAUCUCCAGCGUUAUUGUCCAGUCAGCAGCUGGGACAGAUUUUUGAAUAGUAGACUUGAGAUGCGCGAGAACACUAGCGUCAGGUGAUCAAUUUUCAUUACGGCAAGGAAAGUUGUGUGAGUGCGCCACACCAGAUUUUUAUGUCUAUAUUGACUGGACUAAUCAUCAAAAACUGAUUUCCUUCAAGACUGGUCAGCUCGAGUCGAAAGCAGAGAAUUGGAUGAAAAUUCAUUAGGAAGUGUAGAUGGAGGGCAGAAGGUUAUCUCUGACAAUAUUGAUAGUAGCCUACAGCAGUCUCAGCUACCAAUAGUCUAAAUAGUGAUGGAGCAUUAUUCCAAUAACUUGUAUCCACUUGCUGAUAACACCGCAGAUGACUUUAAAUAAUGUCAGUUGACUGACAGCCAUCUAGGAGAAAGUAUCCAGCAGAUAAUCAUGUCUUGUUUACGGCAAAUAUUCAAACUUUGCAUCCUAUCGGCUUUGAUCUCAGUCUCAUUCAGUGAGGAUCAGACUUGUCCUACGUUCACUAAGUCUGAGGAUGUCACCAAGCUGACCGGAACCUGGUACGUCGUCCGAGGAAUUGAACAUAAAGCAGUGAAGCAGAGUGUAACAAACAAAGCCGCAAAAUCAUGCCCACAAUUGAAAAUCGAAAUCGAGGCGUCCUCUGAAGUGAAGAUUUCUUGGCUCAAGAAAAAUACUACAACAGAACAAAUCAACUAUUUCCGCAUCAAAGGAGACAAAUCCAACAUAUUGAUUAAGCAAAGUAAAGAAGGAAAUAAACAAAGCAUCGAGCGUAUUCAAGUUUUGAAGUUGGACGAUAACUACAUAACGAUUACGAUGUGUGACCUCGGGAGCCGAGUUGCCAGCGCUGUUUUGAGCCGAAAUCCAGUGUUUGAUGACUCACAUGUGUCAAGAGCUACAAAUUUACUAACAGCUCAAGGACUGAGUGUUCCAAAUGUCUAUAAUAGGUGUACUGGUUCAUGAAAAGUAGGAACAGUACAACGUUAGUGGACAGAAGGUUGAUCACUCACAGGUGUAUCAUUCAAAGUGGUGGGGGAACGCCAGCGUGACGUCACGUGUAGUACAGUAGUGAUAGAGUAACCACACUGAGCAUACAGUUUAUUCACUGUAUCUUCAAAUACAUCGUCUUUUAAGAUUGACCUACAACUUUAAAAUUUUCUGUCUUCUUCUUCUUCUGCUUCAAUCGUAAGAUUGGUUGGCAGCUUUCCAUCUUUGUCUGUCCAGAGCCAGCUGUUUUAAUUGGGUAUAGCUCUGGACCCUAAGAUCCCGGGUUAUCUGCUUCAAAUAUUGUAGUAUUGUAAAAUAUUCUGUACUUAAUAGAAAAUGAUUCACCGAUUCUAAUAAUGUAGUUAAAUAUAUCAAUUUUAUAAUUGAUUAGACUUGAAACGUUGUCAAAAAUCCACUUUAAUUAUAUAAAAAUUAAUAUUUUACAGGAGCAUGCUUUCGUGUGUGCUCACACAAUCAUCAUCAGCUGUAAGUUACAGUACAGUUGGGAAGUAGAAAGAUUCCAACUUAACAAAAACAAAAGCAAGAGCUACUUGAUUAUUUUCAUAUCAACAUUUGAUCAUUGAAUAUAUCAAUUUUAAGUUCAUUCAACAUGUACAAAUAGAGAAUGAAAUUGAAAGUUUUUCAAGAAUCUAAAAACGUGACAUGAAAAAAUUAAUAAGCUGGAAAAGCGUUAGUAGACAACGUUAUACUAUUAUAAUUUCAGAUUAACCCAUUAAACAAUCUUGAUUAGCCAAUGUCUUGCAAUAAACCGAUCCCGAUAAAUCCGAUGCAUUUCAUUCAUAAUGCACUGAACACAUGUUCUACAAAUGUACUACGGAAAUCAAAAUAUCUCAUCCCUAAAAUUCACAAGCUGACGUAUAGCCAAACUAUAAAAUAUAAUAACGACCCAGAAGAUGAAGAAACCUUAAGGGUUUGAAAGGGUAGGUUAAAAGGUUAGGUUUUUGAUUUUAUAAAUGGCAGAAUGCUUGUAUUAUUCAAAUGUUUUGAUAAUUAUUGUAAAGCAGAAACAGAUGUCAGAACAUGUUUAUGUCAUAUAAUUUGACUAUACGUCACCGUAUGAUUUUCAAGAAUGCGAUAUUUUGCCUACUUUGUACUAGACCUUUGUCACGGCUGCAGUUCUCCCACUCCAAUUGCAUGUCAACUUAAAUACUAUAUAGAUGAGUGACCAACUUUCUGUCUACGAACUAUGGGAACAGUAUAUCCUAUAUAUUAGAAAGAAUAAUAUCUUCUUCCAUAGAGCUGCGAAUCUAUUAACAGCUGAAGGGCUGAGUGUGUUCCAAAUGUCUAUAUAGGUGUACUGGUUUAUGAAAUGUUAGAACAAUUAUCUUCUAUAGAAAGAAUAAUUUAUUCUUCCAUAGAGCUGCGAAUCUAUAAUAGAUGUGUUCUGGUUCAUGAAAAGUUUGAACAAUAUUUUUUGUUAAAUAUUAAAUAAUUUCCUAUAGUAAAAUAAUAUAUUUUUCCAGAGAAAUGUUGAUACUCUGUUUAUUUUACCAUCGAUAAUACUUUAUCUAUGACUAGCAGAAAGCCCGUGCUUCGCAGAGUCUAUUUAAAACUUGACAAACUGAAACUUGUCGUAUUGAAAUCUUGAAGAAUUGAAAAUAGGCCUAUAACCAUCACGGUUGAUUAAGAAUCUAUAGGCUAUGCAAAAUUUCAAGUUAAUCAGUUGAGUAGUUUAGACGUGAUGAUGCGUCAAACAUAAUUAUUCUAUCUUGUACUUGUAUGAGCCAGUUCUUUCCUUUAUUAUAGUAUAGAUAAAACAUAAGAUUUGUAAUCAAGAAAACCUACAGUACGUAAAAAAUAUGACUAUAUUGGAUAAGUAGCCUACAUACAUUUUUCAAUUACAGAAAGCAUUUAAAUGCUGGAUUGAUUCGGCGAAAAAUUAUUUUGUUUCUAUAAAAUAUAAAAAUCAUUGUGCCUCAUUUUAUACAUCUUCAUUAAACGGAUUUUGAUUGUGA